AUGAGUGCUCAAGUGGUAACUUCGGUACUGAUCCUCGGGUUCGUCGUCUGCAGUGUCAUCUAUGACGUCGAGUUGAGUCCUCAAGCACGAAAACUGCAUUCGAGAGGUUACCGAUGGCGGCGCUUGCAAAAUUGGUUCCCCAUGGGUGUGGCUUACGCGUCGUUUUACAUGGCUCGGUACAACGUCAGUGCGGGCAAUGUGUCGUCCAUCCGCAAUCAACUCGGCUUCUCGUCGUCGUACAUGGGCUGGGUCUUGUCGGCUGGAUCGUGGGCAUACGCCAUCAGCUCCCCUGUGACCGGGAUCAUCACCGACCGCAUUGGCGGUCGAAACGGUAUGAUCAUCGCGUGCGUAGGUGCAGCUAUGUGCAAUCUCGCAAUCGGCGCGAUCUUCCUCACCAGCGACUCCAAGCUCACAGUCACCAAGAGCCUCUUCGCCGUGUUCUACGCCGCCAAUAUCCUGAUGCAGGGCUUCGGCACGAGUGCCGUUGUCAAGAUCAACGCCGCGUGGUACACGGCCAGCGAACGCGGCAUCUUUGCCGGCGUGUUCAACGUCAUGCUCACGAGCGGAUACUUCAUGUCGUUGGGCUCUGGCAGUAGCAUUAUCGAAACGCUCGGGUGGUCGUACGUGUUUAUCAUUCCCGGCGGAACGCUGUUGCUCAUGUCCAUUGUCGUCGCACUGGCGGUCAAGAACUCGCCGGCCGACACAAAGCACUUGUCGGCCGACCAAUUGCCGACCCGCGAAGGCCCACUGCCGCCUCUGGGUCCGUUGCGUGAAGAAGGCAUCAAAGUCCAGCUCCUCACGCCCGCGCAGCAGAUGAAACAGCUCCUGAAGAACUUUACGUUCCUCGGCUACCUCGCGGCUUUGUUUUUCCUGUGCUGGGUACGCGACGGGUUCCUCAAUUGGUUCCUCUCGUUCUUCAACGACGUGCGGGAGCUGCCGCUCUCGUCGAGCGACACGUCGAUCAUUGGCGGCGCAUGGACCUUUGGCGGGUUCGUCGGCGGCAUUCUCUGUGGCUGGAUCAGCGACGUUGUCUUUGACUCGGAUCGGGUCAAGCCCAUCUUUGUCUUUUCGAUGCUCCAGGCUCUGGUGCUCGGCGUCAUUUACGCCAUCAGCCCCUCGUGCAGUGUCUUGACUCUGGGCGCGCUCACGUUCCUCGCGAGUGUAUUUAUUCUCGGCAACUACACGCUGCUGAGCUACACCGUUCCAACGGAUCUACCGCAGGACAUUGCAGCUGGCGCCACAGGUGUUAUGCACGCCGUCGGGUACUUCUCGACCGGUCUCUCCAGUGCCGUGAUGGGCAACGUCAUUGACGACGCAGGCUACCUCGUGUGGGCCAAGUCCCUCGUUGUGGCCUCGAUCCUGUCGGGCAUCUUUGUCAAGCUCGGGUCGCACUUUUCCAAGAAGGGUGUGGCGGCCGAGCCGAAAGCACCAGAGACGACACCGAGGUCGCCCACGAGCGGGACGGUCUGCGAUACAGCUACAGAUACGUCAAAGACCGACGACGAUUUUGCCAUCAUGGCUUCCCCCGAUUCGAUAGGCACCGCAAGGUCGGGAUGA